AUGGCUAGUAUGAGGAUGCGCAACUCGGACACCCCGCCACCGAUUACAGUUGAAGAUACGGCGACGGGCGCAGGACCGCUGCCGAGUCCUGACAUGGACGGUAUGAAUGCCCCGCGAGCAUUUACCACGUCCACACGUCCGUCCCUCGAAUGCGAACAAUCGCAGCCUCAACCGCAUGAACACCAGAAAAGCCCAUUUGGCCACCGUCGCAAGCACAGUCCAAAUCUCGAAUGGCGAGAACCUUGGACAAAGGAAAGCUGGUCGCAAGGACGCGUGCUGCUUAUUGACUAUGUCGCCAAAGAACAUUCAACGAAGGGCAGGCGGAAGAUCAUGGCACAGGAGUUUUGCGACAUUGACAGCCUGCGUCGUUUCUACCGGAAAGAAGACCUCUCAGCGCAAGCUGCGUUGCGCGUGAUCCACGUGCAGAACGCGGGCUGGGCAACGCGCUACCUCCUCCGCAAGUUCAACAUUGACGCUACAGACGAUCUUAUAGGCACGAACUUUGGCCGCUGGGCUAGCCACGACAAACCUCAACAACGCGGCGGCAAACCUGUUCUCAAUGGUCGUACGUUCCGCGCUCAACACGAUCCCUGGCGUGGCAUUUCGCGCGCAGCCUUCGGCGCCGAUUACCUCAAAUCGUACGAAAGAGGCACCCAUAUCCCACGUCCAAAUAGCAAUAAGUCAAUAAUGGAGCUCAACCACUACGACGAGUCGGACCAGCCACGAUACGGACAUGACGUCUAUGUACAACGAUUGAAUGUGUAUGUGCAGCUCAGCGACGGUACACCAGGCCAAGCCGUCGACCCCGACAUACCAAAUCCGUACGACGAGGAAGCAUGGGAAGAGUAUAUGCGGUUGAAGAAGAGUUACGGCAACGUAGAUGCGAAUGAACACCAAGAACGCUACAUCCCUAAGCUUCGCUCUCUCGACAACGGAAACACCAUCAUCCUGUUUGAAAACUCAGUCACUGGCUCCGUCAAAGAUACCCUUAUUGGUGCCAGACAAGAACUCGAAUCCCGUUGGAGACGUCUCUCCUUCUACCUGCCCAUGGAGGAUAACGACGAAACGUUGACAGCGGAGUGUAUGGAUUUCAUCCUCCAGGAUAUUUUCAAGGCGUUGAGCUAUAAUUGGCAGAAGUUCCUGGCCAUUUGCGAGACACAUGUUGGCAUCCUCGAAGACAAGAUCUACGAAAACCCCGCCGACGAAUCCCGCGCCCCCGAGCUCUGGAAGAACAGCGCGCAAUGGCUCAAGAUCGAACGCCUCAUCUACAUCCACGUCGACGUCAUCAAAGAAAUGGUCACGCAUCUUCAUGACCUUGCUGGUGCCGACCCAAAGGAAUCGUCAGACCAGCCUUGGCUCGGCUCCGUGCCAGACGAGCUAGAUAAACUGACUGGGCAGUGGGAAAGAGAUGUCAUUCUGCCUACAACCGCUCUGUCAGACCUCAUGUACAAGAGCGUGGGUAUCAGGGAUGCCCGACACUCUUUGCAAUUAGGCUUGAGUAUGUGGCGGUUGAGUUGGAUCACGUUCAUUUUCCUGCCCUUGACCUUCACCGUCGGUUUCUUCGGCAUGAACGUUUCCACGUUUUCUGAGAACCCACCGCUGAAAUGGUGGUUCAUCGUUUCCAUCCCCGUCCUCGCCAUCGUCCUCAUUCUCUGGUACGGCGUCAAACAUAAUCUCGCUAGCCAACGCCAGAAUCCUAUGCGCAGAGGUGUGUACGAAUCGUUGUAUCAUGAACUUGCUACUGCGCAACCAUCGCUAUGGAGCAGAAGCGGUCCGCGCGACGAUGUCAUACCAGUAGGGCGGUGGGCAGGCAUCAAAUGGCGACUUAUCACCCGCUGGUUCGGCGAGGAUAAAGUCAAGCUAGGGAAGACUGUAGAUGGAGGUGAAGAUUUCGGCGUCGUCGGCAGAGUCCGCAGGGCGUUGGUUAGGAGGUGGCUGGGCGAAUUGACUGUUAUGCGUCUUCCCCAGCAACCUUCACCAUUGUCACCAACUGAGAAACCGGGCAAUGAUGAACGGUCGAGUAGCAGGAGUUCUGUCCGGAGCGAAGUGGCAUCUUGCAUGAUUCAGCCUUUUGAGCCAAAGGAAGGCGGUGCCGUGGCUGAGCUGGCGAGGGUUGCGACGCCGGUUGCGUUGGCGGAGGCGGAUCCCACGGCUGCCAGUCGGCUGCAGAGGAGUGGGAGGGGAGAGAGGAUAGGCAGUUUGAGUCCGCAUGGGAGGAGGGGAAGUGCGGCGAGUAGUGAUGGGGCUGGGGUGAUGGUUGAAGAGAAGGGAGGGAGUGGGGAUGAACGCGAGCCCAGGAUGCGUGAUAGACGGGUUGGGAGGGAGAGGACAUUAGAUAUACCGAAAUGA